GUUGAAUUUGAGAACUUCAUCUUGACCAACACUUGUUAGAUCCGUGGGAAAACACUUCUGAAUAUUUAUUUUCCGAAAAUCCUCAUAUACGAUUAUUUGACUGUCUCGCGCAUUGUUGCCUGGAUAUCAGUACUAGCCUAAAUACCAAAACUUUUGGGAAUUUUUCUUCCCCGGGAGUUGAACAUCGUCCAGGUGGUUUGGGAACUCCCUCCUUCCCAAGGGGUGUGUGUGAGAACUCGUCCCGAGAUGCGUUCGCUUCUGCCGGUUACUGUGUAUUGCAUCAGCCUAUUCUCCCUCCAGCAGCUCCUGGCUCUCCCGGCCGCAGACCGUCUGGAGAGAAACAGGUUGGAGCUGCUUAAGAAGCUUCAUGCGCUGAGAGAGGAGGAGAUCUUCACUCCAGAAACUGGCACCGAACUCGCCAGACCAACAGACUCCAGCCCUUCAUCUGACCUCCAGUCCUCCAUCAGAUCUCCAAAAUGGCUGCCUGGCUACCUCCGCAGAGACACACCACCCACUGUCAUGAACACAGCCCAUCUUGAACCUCUGGUACGUGUGAGGCUUGAGGAGGGCUUGGAGCCCCAACGGACAGGGUCAAGAGGUCGUCGCCAGGCCCAAUCAGGGUCCCGGGGGGGUCACCACCACCCCCAGCUGAUGAGAGUGGGGUGCGCCCUGGGAACCUGCCAGGUUCAGAACCUCAGCCACCGGCUCUAUCAGCUGAUUGGCCAGAGUGGACGGGAAGACUCCUCCCCCAUUAACCCCCGGAGUCCGCAUAGUUAUGGAUGAGAGACUGACGGAUACUUCUCCCUCUCUUCUCUGAAAACAUCAACACCCCAGCAAACUUCUAUCUAUAGACAUGUAUCUCUAUUUUAUGUAUCACAGAUAGCCUUUGCAUUAGUAUUAGAUGUAGUCCACACCUUUUUUAGAUCCUGAAAUGACCAUUUCUGUACUUUUUGAAUGACAUUUGCAUUACUCCUCUGUACACCUCAAAAACGCAACAUGCUGUUUAAGAAAAGGAAUCUGACAUGAAUGAAAGCCUCUUAGUUGACGCUUCCCACCACCAACCACCCCUGGGAACGAAUACCUGUCACCCAGAGAUGCUCUGGACAUUUGGGUCUGGUCAAAGUCUUUGUGUUUCUCCCGGCCUCCUGACUAGUCAAAGAGCUGCAAGGGGCUCAGUUUGACUUCAUAAUCCUGUUAAUGUAAGAAUAAAUGCUCCCGUCCACCUGCCUUUCUACUUAACACAAGCCAACGCAACUGGACGUGUCUGUAUAAGGCCUGAUGACCGCCACAGCAGCAGUUAGCUCUGGCCCCAUUGAUCAAACACUUAAACCACUAAUGUGGAUUUCUACCAGGGCUAGGAUCAGAUCCCUGUCAGAGGGAAUAUAUUCCUGAAGACCCGUCAAAACGACCCAAUGAACCCUUUUACCCCACGCUAAACCCUGCCCCCUUAGAUCUGCCAGGACAAUUUGAGGGACCAUGUUUGACAUAUCUGGGUUAAUCCUCUGAUUUACAGACCACCAGCAACCAUUUGUGGGCAGACACUGACCUUAUAGACACAGACACUGACCUUACAGACACAGACACUGACUUUACAGACAAGAACCUACUGUCCUCUCUCAUCUGCAGCCAAUGAUGUUCCCGACAGAAGCGGUCUGUGGUUCUGUGAAGUAUAUGUUUCAACAGACCACAGCCUUGACAGCCGCAUUCAGCCAUCAUAGUCAAGUUCAGCAGUGGCUGGAUGGAGUUCCGCUUCUGGACUCGUCUAGUAGAGACUGUUUAUAGAAAGAGAAAGAAGAGAGUACACAUUUCAAUGACUCAGUUCCUACACAAGAUGGAGGUUUUCAAUGUUUUUAUUAUGAAUCAUUGCGGACCUAUUUCAGCGGUGAGAUCUAUUGGUUGGCUCGUGAACACAGUGAACAGUCCCGCUGCCCUUAUCUCAGGGUCUGAGUGGGGAUAUUAUCCCCUUCAUGUGAUUCUUAAGUUCUCCCACUAAGUCUCGACUUUAUGUUUACGGCAAUUUAACCAAUCAGACCUAAUCUCUUUAGUAGUGCCGCAAUGGUGGCGAGGUGGUACACAUCGUCUGCUGUAUUUAUAAACAAAAUAAACUUUGACUGUGCCUUGCCUUGCCCAUUGGACCGUAUAACUACUAGCUAAAGCAUCACAAGUUGCCAACCCAAACCCAAAAUCUGCCACUUGCAGUACUGCCUAGGAAUAUUGAGAGGCUUACUUUGUCAUUAUCAAUAAUAAUCCGGUCAGUUAUGAUCCUAAUACUGCUAGUAGUUUAGUGUGUACACAACAAUACUUUACGUUGUAUGCUUGUAGUGUGUCAAAUGAGUCCAAAUUAGCACAGAGUCAACAGCAAAGUUCUCUGCUGUUACAUUGUGGCUUUGUAAUGACAGACCACGGAUACCAAAAGUAAGGGAG